AUGAAUAUACAGAGUAUGGGUAGUUUAGUUCUUUGGCCCAGAAGUCUGAUAUACAUACGAUCGUCUCGAUUUUAUUCAUCGAAAGUUUCUUCAGAUGAAAAAUUAUUGAAUAGUAUACUGAAUGAGCAGCCGGAGAAUGAUACUACUGAAACUUACAACCAACAACCACCUAGCACCUAUAGGAAAAAUUCACUGCUUUCUGUGCCUCAGAAAAAUAAUGCUUUCGCUGAUUCUGGUGACAAAACAUCGAAACCGCUACCGAUAGGACCGAAGUACUGGAAGAAUAAGUUUCGGAAGUCGUAUCGAAAAGUGGAAAAAGGACUCAUGUCCCCAUUGGACGAGUACGUGUCAAACAAUAUAGAAGUAAUAGAAUCUUAUAAUAAAAAGUACAAGCAAUCUGUCGAAGAACGGAUAAAGGUUGAUUUCAAGAAGGAAUUACAUUGGAACGAUGUGAUACCUAAUCAUUCUUUACGAAAAGCUAUUUUGCGAUAUUUGGCUUCACAAAAUAAUGCGUCAACAAAUGACAACAGGUUCACUUCUUUUCAAAAGCGAUUCUUUGCGUUGAUGUCAUGUUUUGCAAGCACUGUUGCCAAGGGUCCAUCUGGAAGUGGCAAGUCGUUUGCACUUCUCAUCCAUGCUCUUUCCAUUCGCCGAUCGCAUACUAGGGGAAAGGGAAUAAAUUCCUUGAUUGUGGUUAAAUCUAACUCGUUAGUUCGUCAGUACGAACAAUUAACCAAUGAUAUUCUUGCCAAAAUGGAUAGCAAACAGAAAGUGAAUGUGAAGCUUGUUUCACAGUUCUUAUAUAGAGGCACCCCACUGGAAGAAAUGAAGCAAGAUGAUGACUUGACUGAUUAUCAAACACCACAUAUUUUAGUCACUACUCCGCAAAGACUUUUGGAUGUUUUGAGCAGCAGGGGAAUGGAUUUUGUGAAAAUAAACUCACUGUCAUACAUUGGCGUUGAUGAUUUUACUUCAAUGUUGGACGAGAAUCAAUUGCUUGAAACUCAAAAGAAGUCGCCAGUUGUCAACUUACUAGAUUAUGUUCUGAAACUACAAGAUUACAGACGUCAGCACAAUGAUCCCCACCCACAGGUCGUCUUAAUGGUGGAAGAAUCAGCAACUGAAUCUUUGAUUCUACAGCUCAAAGAGUAUACUAAAUGGAUUGACUGGAGAAAAUUUGCGCUAAUAGGGAAGUUCGGAGAAGAGGAAGAUAUCCCUUAUUACAAAUAUAUCGCUAAUAAAUCUGCAGUAAGCACUGUUUUAGUUUAUCCUAGAUUUUCACAAGAUGGUGUCAAGGGAAAUUCUACAAGCAGAAGAUUCAAGGUGAAUCUAUACGAUAUGAAACCAUUUGAUUAUGGGAGUACCUCAAGUACCUGGUUGAACAAGCUUUACAGGGAAAGUUUUGGGAACUCCCUGGUUUACAAGAAACAUCGGAAUUCCAAAUGGUCAAGUAUUCCCAAUGUUGUCAAGAAAGGGGAACUGGAGAUUUUAUGUUCAGGACUCGGUAAACUAUUGAAAAAGAAAAAUAUCAUACAGUGGAUUGGAAAAAAUCGUGCAUUGGUUGUACAUCCCGAUGAAGUCAAUUCCAAGCAGGUUGUGGAUAUUCUUUCUAGUAAAACUAGGCGAAAAGUUAAAGUCUUUGACAUCUAUAAAGACGCCAAAAUCUUUAGGACAAGAUUCUCAGAUGAGGACGAAGAUGAUUCUCAAUUAUUUGCCAUAAAUGCUUCAUCUCUUACAGGGUUGAACUUUCCUGGAUUAAGCACAAUUUUUGUUUUGGGUAUUGACUCCAUAAAAUCCGAGUCUCAUUUGUCAACAAUAAUGGGUAGAGCAAGAACGUCAGACGGAUUAGUUCCGGAGAAGGAGUAUACUAUAUUUUCAGAAAGGACCAAUUCAAGUGUGGACGAGAAAGAGGAUAUCAGAGCACGUACAUUUAUAAUUACCGCAAUGUUGCCCGACUCCACUAUUGACCCUUAUGAUAGGAACUUCUUGGAGCGGGCCUACCUUGUCAAUGGAUUGGUGAAUCAAGUUGAUGCUAUUGGAGUGCAAGAAAAUUGGACAGAUAAAGAAAAAAAAGAUUAUAAGUUGGCAAUUGAAGGUAACUCGGCGAACAAGGAAUAG